GCGGGUGAGGUGGCAUGGAGGUGGAGGACAUCUUAGCCGAGCUCGAGGCCUACGACAAGAAGGAGGCUCAAGCUGCCUCCCAUGCCCCCGGCCGCCAUGACGGCUCUCCUGGAGCUCUGCAGGAGGCUCUGCACAAGGUUCGCAACGGGGCAGCGACGUUAGACUUGUCGCACUGGAGCAUCCGACUAGGAGCAGCAGGUUGCGAAGCGCUUGCUGACUGCCUCGCUCGCCCGCAGCUUCAGCUCACUACGCUGCUGCUGCGCUGCUGCGACAUCAACGGCAGGGGCGCGACCGCCAUCGCUGACUCCCUCAAGAAGAAUGAGAGCGUGACGAAGCUUGACCUCAACAGCAACCAAAUCGGCGAUGCUGGAGCAACGGCGAUCGCUGACAUGCUGCAAACCAACGUGAAGCUACGCUGGUUGGACAUCGAAGGAAAUGGCAUUGGGGCCAACGGAGGAACGGCGCUGGCUGACGCCCUCAGAAUCAAUCGCGGUCUUGUCUCGCUCCACGCAUCGGAAAACUCCAUCGCUGAUGCUGGGGCUGCAAACUUGGCGAGAGCUCUGCAAGUGAACAACAAGUUGGAGAUUCUUUGGCUGGACAGCAACAACAUCUCCUUGAAGAGCGGAGAAGCUCUUGUGGCAGCUCUCAAGAGCAACAGCACGCUCAAGACUGUCCACCUCGCUACUCCUCGUCCAGGCAGCAAGCUCCUGACGUGAACCUGUGUGGACCUCAGCCUCGCUAGCCUCGCAAGUUGAACCCAAUUCCCACUUUUCUUGCAGGACAUGUCACCAGGCCACUUUCGUCGACUAGGGAAGAGCCUGGAAGGCUGAGAGUGUAUGUUGUUAAGUUUAUUGUUUUCUACUUGUAAGAGUUCACAAAAGAUCGAUAAGGC